AGUGCUUUUCCAAAGCGCAUCCCUACCCACAGAAUGCUGGAAGGUCUCCAAUCCCAACUCUAUGCAUUAAGAAAUGCAGCCCAUGGUACCAAGCCUUGGCAUCUCUUUCUGCAGUCUUCCCCCGAGCUCAUUUAAGGUCCUUACAUCAAAUAACUGUUCUCCAUAGAGCUAUUGCUUUUUCCAGUCAUUGCUCGCCUGUUUAUCCAGAGUCUAGACUGUCUAGGAAGGGAACCAGAUCUUGUUGUUCAGGCCUCACCUAUAAAAGAGGGUGGGGGGAAGAGGGAGAGAGAGGAGGAGAGUGAGAACAAUGGGCAAGCAGCACUAGUCAUUUGGAUAGUUGUUCUCGCUUGCCCUGUGAGACUAUCCCGGCUUCUUCUGAGGCCCUAUCAGAGGUCCCAGCGUCGUCGAGGAGGAGAAAGGCUGCUGGGUCCCUGGGCUGGAGGGGCAGGGCAGUGCAUCCUCCUUGUCUGAGUCUGGCUCAGUGGGCUGGCGGGGAGAGCAUGUGAUCUCUGAGAGACCGAGUUUGCAGUGCCGUGGUGUGGCCGGAGUGGGAAGCGCCAUGAAGGCUCGUGCGGCUCACUGAGAGACGGGCUCCGCUGCGCUGCGCUGCGGCUGGGCUCGGCUCCGCUCUCGCUCUCGGGGCUUCUGACCACCCGAGAAGAAAACCACCCCGUUGCCUUUCCGCAACGCAGAGAAGCUGAGAGAGAAGUGCAGAGCAGAGCCGCGGAGAAGCAGUGCAAAAGAAGAGGAAUACAUCAACAGUGCUCCCCAUUUCUUGACACCAGAACUGGAAACUCCCAUUUUAAGAAAUUAAAGUUUGGUGCAGAGGUGUGUGGAUUACAGUAAGACAACUUCCUGGUACUUGAGGAAAAGACAAGAAGAAGACAGGCAAAUUCCAGCCCUUCAAGAAGUUGUUUGGCAGAAGGAAAAAGAAGGAAGCUCCCUCGUCCCGGGAGAUCUCGGUGGUCAAACAGAGUAACGCUUUCCGGAAUGCCUGCAAUGGUGCCCUCUCUUCCGAUGAGGAGACCCUUGAUGAUUCUCUAAGGUCCUUCAGCUAUACUAUGGGAACCCGGGCGUUUUCCCAUGACAGUAUUUUUAUCCCUGAUGGGGGAGCAGAAAGUGAGCAGACAGUUCAAGCAGUAUCACAGGACAACAUUCUGGGCAAAGUCAAAACUCAUCAGCCACAGUUGGGCAAGAAUAUCAAGUUUGGGCAGUCCCCACCACCCACAGCCCUUCCUAUGAAGAGGACAAGCAGUCCCAGUCCAGAGGCUAGCUUAGAAGAUGAUCUGUUCCUGAGCAGUCCCAUGGAAAUUGUGACCCACCAGGAUUUAGUGCUCUCCGACAGUGAGAAUAAAUCCAGUGAUACUCCAACUUCCUUAAGUCCUUUGAAUUUACCUGGAACAGGGAGUGAAAUGGAAGAGAAGGUUACUCCAGUUAAAUCAUCUCGACCAAAGCGACAUUUUUCUUCUGCUGGCACCAUUGAAAGCGUCAACCUGGAUGCCAUUCCUCUAGCCAUCGCACGCCUGGACAACAGUGCAGCCAAACACAAACUGUCUGUGAAGCCAAAAAACCAAAGGGUUUCCAAGAAGCACAGGAGACUGGGCAAAGACCAACUAAAUGAUCAAGAAAGCUUUGAGAGUCAGCUGUCCCUAGAUCAGAAUGGGCACACAGAAGAGAAACAAACUUGGCCUCAAGAACAGCCCAGACCACUUGAUUCAGAGGAAGAGAAAAGACAGCAAGAGGAAUAUUGGAGACAUCUUGAGGCUGAAUACAGAAGGCAAAAAGCAGAGAAGAAGCGCCUAGAAGAGCAAAGGCUUCAGGAAGUAGAAAAGAAGCUUUGGGAAGAGACUAAAAAACCACUUCUGGAGGAAGAGGAGAAGGAGGCUGAGGAGGAGAAGGGAAAGGUGAAACAACAGCAUCUGGAAGGACAGAGUCCAAGGCAAGAGCUGGAGGAGGAAAAUGGACAAAAAGAGGCAAAACAGAAGGAGCUAAAGGAGGAGAAAUGUCUGGAAGCAGAGGAACAACUGUGUUGGCAAGAGGAGGAAGCCAAGCAACCAGAGGAGCUCAAAAGACAGGAGGAACUAGAAGAACAAAGAAAGCAAGAGACUGAGAAACACCGCCAGGAGGAGGAAAGGAAGCUCCUGGAGGAGCUCAAGAGGAGAGAGGAGGGAGAAGAGCAGAGGAAGGCGGAGGCUAAAAAGCAGAGGCUGGAAGACGAGGAACAAAAGCUUCUAGAGGAUGAAAAGCAGAGGCUAGAGGAGGAAGAGGAACAAAAGCUACUAGAGGCCAAAAAGCAGAGGCUAGAGGAGGAAGAACAGAAGCUACUAGAGGCUGAAAAGCAGAGGCUGGAAGAGGAAGAACAGAAGCUACUAGAGACUGAAAAGCAGAGACGAGAAGAAGUGAACUUACAAAAGCUCAAGGGACAAGACUUGGAAAUAGAAGAGAGUGGGCAACAGGUCAAAAAGCAGCUCCAGUUAGGAAAGAAAGAUGAAGGACAGAAGCAGAGAUGGAAGGAGGAGGGGAAGCUUUCAGAGGCACUUCAGGAACAGGGAAGCCUAGAGUUUCAAAAGCAUCCUCAGGACUGGGAAGCACAACGGCAGCCAGAGUCAGGAGAGGAAAGGCACCUGGAGAGCCAGGCUCAGAACCUUGAGGAACAAAGAUCCCCCAAGCACGAAGGCCCUGGGGGAAGGUUAAGGGGGCUACUGCUAGCUGAGAAGCAAAGCCACCAGGCUGUGGAGGUGAGGGAGAGGCAGCAAAGAGGGGAAGAUGGUCAUGGAGGGGCUCCUUUGCUUCAGGAAGAAAGAGAAGCAGCUUAUCCCCAAAAAGAAAUGGGACGGCCAGAAAAAGAACUGGCUCAGGUGGAGAAGAAAGAAAUGGUGCCCUUGCAGAAGGACCAGAUGGGGGAAGAACUGAGAUGGCAAGAAGUUGAGGAAAGACAGAGUAUGCCCAGACCAUAUACAUUCCAGGUAUCAUCAGGAGGAAAACAAAUCCUGUUUCCCAAAGUCAAUCUGAGCCCUGUGACCCUUGGGAAGGAGUCGGGGCUUCCGGCCGUCUCCCAGGAGCCCAAGGCCAAUAAAUCCAGUAAAGCUUCCCACCCUCUCCCUUCUUCUCUAAGCAUUCCUCACACGGCGAUCCUGGUUACAGGAGCACAGCUGUGUGGCCCGGCUGUCAACCUGAACCAGAUCAAGGACCCAGCAUGCAAGACUUUACUGGGCUUGUCAGAAGAAAAAAAGCACAUGGAUAUUCCUGCUUUGGAAAACACACCACGAGGCGCUCCUGACUCUCGGGCAGCCAGUGGGAAAGCCAAGUUUCCUAAGGAAUCUUCAAGUAGUAAGGCUGCAUUAGCUGAGUGGGAAUCUAUUCGCUCUAGAAUCCUAAAGAAUACCGACAGCGGUCAAGUCAUCGAGAAGGACCUGUUGAGGCACAGUGGUGAGAGCAUGCCAAGAGGCAGGUGUGAUUCCCGGGGAAACCUCAAGAAAACCUUAUCUACAAAUGCAAAAUUCUCCAUCAUGCCCGCUUGGCAGAAAUUCUCCGAUGGUGGCACUGAAGGCCAAAAGCAAAAUGCAGAAAACCAUAGGAAUAAGGCUGGGCUGGGCCCCUCAGGUGAAAGAGCAGAGGUCCAGCCUCCUGCCAGUGGUGAUAACGGACACCAAAAGAUUCCAGAGAAAACUGGGAUGCAGCAGGAACCGACCGAUACCGCAGAAGGAUGUAAAUUUGCCAAAGAUCUUCCAUCUUUCCUCGUCCCAAGUUCACCUCUUGCUCCCCAGAAAGCCCUGGCUCAGCCAGACUUGGCAGCUUCCUCAGAAAGUGAGACAGGCAUCGGGGGAAAAGCAGAGGAUGCCUUGCCAAGUGGGGAGGAGAGCACAUCCCCCUUUGGAAUAAAGCUGAGAAGGACCAACUACUCCUUGCGUUAUCACUACGACCAGCAGGUGGAACAGUCAAAGAAAAAGAAGAGGCAUAGCACUGGAGACAACUUUGAUGGGGUGGCAUCCAUACUGAAGAAUAAAGAUGGGGACAAAAACAUUACAUCCCCUACCCAAGAGAAACAGAAUGACUCUCUGGAUUUGAAAGACUCUCUAGCAAGCCUUGGGCAUCAGCCAGCACCCCUGCUCCCCAGUCACCACAUUCCUUCUUCUCUGGAUCAUGACAAGCCAGGGGCAAAAUCUCCACUGCCACAGAAGCCAGCCCUAGCCCCCAAACCCACCAGUCAGACCCCACCAUCCUCUCCCCUUUCCAAAAUGGGAAGGCCAUUUUUGGUUGAGCUGCUAUCCAAGCAGGCAGUAAAACCAGACCAGGAGCCCAGUAAGAAGCUGAAUGAGAGUGAGGACAGCGGGGAUCUUCCCCUCCUGCCUGUACCCCAUACUGAAAAGAGAAAGGAGGAGGAGGAGACAACAGAGAAGAAAUCCUCUUCUUCCCAGAAAGAGAAAGCUGACAAAACCCCUGAGAUGGGGAAAAAAGAAAAGCCAGUGCUUCAAAGCUGGCACUCUUUAGAAGGCUCUAAAUCGAUGGAAAAACCUGACACUGCCCAGCCACAGUGGAUUACAUUAGCACUACAAAAGCAAAAAGGAUUCAGGGAGCAGCAAGCUACCAGAGAGGAAAGAAAGCAAGCCAGAGAGGCCAAACAGGCAGAAAGGUUAUCGAAAGAAAAUGCUGCAGGCAGCCAGCAACCUGAAAGCAGCAAUAUCAGCAGAAUAGGUUCCUUCCAUAAACCUACUGCUCAGGAAGACGAGAAGAAGAUUGAGACAGCUGUGUCCAGGCUAGAGCGCAGAGAACAGCUGAAGAAAUCCAACACUCUCCCUACGUCUGUCACAGUGGAGAUCUCGGAUUCUGCUAUGCCUGCAUCACUGAUGAAAGAAGUCCCAAAGAGAUUCUCCACACCAGAUGCUGCCCCGGUGUCAACAGAACCAGCCUGGCUGGCCUUGGCCAAAAGGAAAGCAAAGGCCUGGAGUGACUGUCCACAAAUUAUUAAGUAGUCUCUUGUGCUUAGUUGUAUUGCUUACUGAGAACUCCUCCUUUGCCCUUUUUAUUUAUUUAUUUUUUUACAUGGGGUGAAGAACUUGAACAGGAAAAGAAGCAUGUCCUACAGGAUCCAAAAUAACAGAAUUGUUGUUUCUUUAUGUAAUUCACUAUAAACAAAGCAUUUGCACAAGGGUAGGGUUUAAGGCCCCGAAAGCCUCCCAUUUCUGAAGACAAAACUCUGUCCAUGGGGUCAAAGUAGAGCUCCAGGCCAAUUACCUCUCCCUAGCUCUCUCCCAAUAAUAAUAAUAUGUACUUUAGCCACUUUUUGAUGUUUAUUUUCACUUCUUAGAUAACCUUUUAGAACACAAAAUUGUGCUAAAGCUUGGGAUGGUAUCUAUCCUUUUCUAAAGGUGCUGACAGGGUCAUGUGUCCACAGAAAGAGAUACAUGGAGUGGACAUCUGGCAGCAAGGAGGAGUGGUGUGGCUCUAAGGCCUCUUCCUUUAUUUCAAAUCUCACAGACUUCUGAAUUGGGAGAAAACUCCUAUUUCUAUGCCUCUAUCUGAUUUUCAUUAAUUUUUCCUCAAAUGAAAGUUUCCAGCAGGACAAAUCCAUUCAAACCUCAAAAACACAUAAGCUCCUCCUCACCCUCAAUGCCUUCCCAAUGCACAUGCCCUGCCUUUUAACACUGAGCUAACACUGAUUUGACACAGCUGGUAAAGGCAAGGGACCGCAAAAACAAAACAUCUUUAAAAAUCAAUCCGAAGCAGCCUUUUAAUUUAGGGAAUCGAAAAGAAAGGCUGUUCUAAUUAUGCUCAUCCAAAAAAAAAUGAUUCUGGCCUUGGCAACGGUCUUGGGGAAGUCAUUCCACCAAGCGUCUUUAUCUGUAAAAUGAGAAGAAAGGCAUUGGACUAGAUCUCUACAGACCUUGUUUAACUUGUUCACAUUUAGGGAUCUCUUCAAGGAAUGCAGACUAAAAUAGGUUUCCCAAGUUAGCCAUUUAAAAUUGCAGUCACUCGGUAGGAUAUUAAUUUCCAAGACUGAUACCUUGCAACCUUAAAAAUAAUCUUAGUCUUACAAGCUGAAACUCAUCUUACAGGUUCUGGUUUGUUUUGUUUUGCUUCUAAAUGUGUAAACAAGGAAUUGUGGGGGGUUUUCAUUGCUUUUGCAUCUACUACAUACCAAAAAGAUCAAAAUUUUGCCACAAUUUUUCAUAUAUGGUGCCUACCUAUUCCCUUUACCUGUAGAUCCUCAUUCCUAAAGAUAUAUUCUGGUCCUUCAGAAAUGUGAUAGGAUUCUCUUCCAACAAAAACUAUUAUCCACAUUCAUCCUUACUUUCUUUUAUGCCUCCUCAGUAUGCAGUGUGUGAUCAGUGUAUCCUUUGGUCUCAAGUAACGAUGGAAACAAAGUUAUUUACUAACUAGCUAGCACUCUCCUUUUCCUUGGCUGUGGCAACUGGCAUGUGUUUGGUAAAAUGAAGUAGUUGAUGUUCUUACAAGUUGAGUUUACUCUCAUACAUUGAACCAUCGGGUGGUUAGUCAUUAUAAAUUUAGUUUCAUGACAUUAAGAAGCAGUUGAUAUUUCUCUGCAUGUUCUUAAUUCCGAUACCCAUUUUUUAAAAUUGUAGAUGAAUGCAUCUGUUGAUUUCAAUUGGUUUACCCACUAAUAUAAUGUUUCUUAAUGAAAAUCUCCAUCUGGGGUCUAAAAUUCUACAAUUAUACUGAGUCCUCUGUGGAAGUGGUGUUCUUGGCUUUCAAUCACACAAAAGUCAGAGCUUGGUAAAGGAAAGAGGCACAAAUCAUUACAAAGAAUGUCAGGAAGUUCUUCACUGUUGCAAAAGUUUAGGGUAAAACUGAGAUGUCAAAAAACCUACCAAAAUAAAAAGAAUCACUAAACUAAGCAGACCCUAUUUAAAAAAAAACAAAUCCAGUGAACAACUUCCAAUCAGCCUAAAAAAUAUGGGUAAAUUAAUGUCAUUGACAAUACUUGCUUUGAACAAUUUUAAAGUGUACAUGUUUCACAUCUUGUAUAAAAAAAUCACUCCAAAUUUGCACUAAAUACCAAUGAAGUGUUACUUUGCUUUACUUUUGUUGGAGUCAUUUUUGAUCAACAGUUGGGAAUUAUGUAUGUUUGUCUUUAAGUUACUGAUGAAUCUGUUCAAGUCAGUAAAAAUGUUUUUAAAAAUUGAUGACCACUUUGGAAUAUACUGGGGUGUGUGUUGUUGUUGCUAUUUUUAACCUUUAACCAUUUACAUACUCUUCUUUUGACAAGAUUAUAUAUCAUUAACCUUUGUUCAUAGAAUUAUGUAUAAAAUUAGAAGACAUGUAUAACUGAGUUUUUGUUUACUUUUUUAAUUUUUCAAGUGCAAUUGUUUCUUAUACAAGUUCAUUAAUUCCUACUAAAUUAUAAUCCAGUCAGCAAGUGUACAGUAUGUGAAUUUUCUUAUUUAGUUUUACUUAAUUAUUUGAAAGCAGAAUCUUUAGAAAGGUACAGGUGCCCUGCAAUGUUUUUCAAUAAAAUCAAGUAAAGAAAUGAUGGUAAGAUACAUCAGUGUAAUUUUAAUAUUAACUAUAGAUUUUGGUCGUAUAUGGUUAUAAUGUAAAUUGUCCGUUACUGGUUGGGGGGAAAGGGAAGGAGGUCUUUCAAUAAAAAAAAUCUGUAAGUGA